GCCAUUUGCAUUUUGAAGACAGGAUGUCUCAUCGUAAGUUCAGUGCACCCCGUCAUGGGUCUAUGGGAUUCUACCCCAAAAAAAGGUCCCAGAGGCACCGCGGUAAGGUAAAGGCCUUCCCCAAAGAUGACCCAUCAAAACCAGUCCAUUUAACCUCAUUCAUUGGUUACAAAGCUGGUAUGACCCACGUUCUCAGAGAGGCUGAUCGUCCUGGAUCAAAGAUCAACAAGAAGGAGAUUGUGGAAGCAGUGACCAUUUUGGAGACCCCACCGAUGGUUGUGGUUGGUGUGGUAGGCUACAUCGAAACCCCACACGGUCUCCGUGCUUUGGCCACCGUCUGGGCCGAGCACUUGUCCGAAGAUUGCCGUAGACGUUUCUACAAGAACUGGGGUAAAUGCAAGAAGAAGGCUUUCACCAAGUCUAGCAAGAAGUGGUCAGACGAUUUGGGCAAAAAAUCCAUCGAACGCGACUUCAAAAAAAUCAUCAAGUACUGCAAGGUCGUCAGAAUCGUUGCCCACACUCAGAUGAAGUUGUUGAAACAACGUCAAAAGAAGGCCCACAUCAUGGAGAUCCAGUUGAACGGCGGUUCAGUCGCCGACAAAGUCCAAUGGGCUCGCGACCAUUUGGAAAAAACCAUCCCGAUCGCUGAGGUAUUCGGGCAAGACGAGAUGAUCGAUUGCAUUGGUGUUACCAAGGGUAAAGGUUACAAAGGUGUGACUUCCCGUUGGCACACGAAGAAAUUGCCGCGUAAGACACACAAGGGUCUUCGUAAAGUCGCUUGUAUCGGAGCUUGGCAUCCUUCCCGUGUGUCCUUCACUGUGGCCCGUGCCGGUCAAAAAGGAUACCACCACCGUACCGAAAUGAACAAAAAAAUCUACAGGAUCGGUGCCGGAGUACACACCAAGGAUGGCAAAGUCAUCAAAAACAACGCUUCCACAGAGUACGAUUUGUCUGAGAAGACCAUCACCCCCAUGGGUGGCUUCCCUCAUUACGGAGAAGUCAACAACGACUUCGUCAUGAUCAAGGGUUGCUGCAUGGGGCCCAAGAAGCGCGUCAUCACCUUGAGGAAGUCUCUGUUGGUGCACACAAAACGUGUCGCCUUGGAGAAGAUCAACCUCAAGUUUAUCGACACCUCCUCCAAGUUUGGUCACGGUAGGUUCCAAACGCAAGCCGACAAGGUCGCGUUCAUGGGUCCCCUCAAGAAGGACCGCGUCAAGGAGGAAGAGAAGGCCGCGCCUGCUGCUGCAAGCACUUAGGUUUUCCAUUACGUACUUGUUUUAUGGUAUUGACCAAUAAAAAGUUUAAAAGAA